GCGGGUGGGAUCAGACUUGACUUUUGUUCUGUUGAUGUGGCACCAUUAGAUCGAAAUAUCGGUAGCAAGUGUCACAUUGAAUUCAACCAACAAUACAGGUGCUGAGGAAAGAAAUGCCAUUUUAACUUCUUUUACAAGAAACAUGGAGGCGAAAAUCGUUGCUCUUACCUUAUUCACCGUGCUAACUUUUGUUUACGCUGUGGAAGAUGACACGUUAGAAAAAGAAGGCCUAAAGAUUAAUAUUAUCAAAAAAAACCCACAUUGUCCUAGGAAGGCGGCGAAAGGAGAUCAAGUGUCUGUCCAUUAUACAGGCUUUCUGAUGAAUGGAAAGGAGUUUGAUUCAAGUAGAAAACGGAAUCAACCAUUUGUAAUUACAUUAGGUCAAGGAAUGGUCAUUCCAGGAUGGGAAGAGGGACUUCUUGGCAUGUGUGUGGGUGAAGAAAGGAAACUCGUUAUAGCUCCAGAGUUAGCUUAUGGAGAACAUGGCUUUGGUGACAUUAUCCCUGGAGGCUCAACAUUGAUAUUUGAUAUUGAGCUCCUUGAGAUAUCAGACUCCCCAGAAACAGAGGCUAGCAGUGAAGAACCUACUGAAGAAAUUCCACCAUUAGGUUCUUCUGAAGAAUCAGAUGACAUAUUUUCACAAAUUGAUGCAGAUGGUGAUAGGCAGAUAAACAUAGAGGAAAUGGCAAACCAUAUUAUGAAGCAUGAAGGGAAGACGAAAGAUGAUGAUAAAACUGAGUUAUACACAAUGGUUGGCGAAAUAUUUCAAGAGGAUGACAAGAAUAAAGAUGGCGUCUUAAGCUAUGAUGAAUUCAUGACACAAGCAACUGAACAUGAUGAGCUAUGACAUCAUCAAACAUUUCUACAGUUUUGAAACAUUAUGAUAUUUUAAUUUUUCAAUUCUAGCUCAGUGUCAAAUCUAAUCUGAUGAGCAUUUGAUUGUCCUUUAAUUGAACUAUUUGUUUAAGUUUCUGAUAUAUAAAAUGUUAAAUAAUAUCAGGUUUAUGAAA